UUUACAAAAGUGAGUUGUUUUCAUCGCAUUGGUGUGCAUUUUCGUUUAAAAUAAACGAGAUAUUUCGAUAGAUUAAGUACUGUUCAGUGCUCUCAAUGCCAAAUUUCACGAAUAUUGUGAAAAUGAUUUUUCUGUAGAAGUGGUGUUUUGUGGAAAAAAUAGUUCGAGUUUUCAUUUGCGCACAACAAAAACUCAAGGCUCGUUUGGAACACGGUCGACAUACGUCGUCGACAAAGAAGGAACUGUCAAACCUAAGUGUCAGUGCGGGCAUUUGUUGACAAACUCUCUAUUUUGAGUCGUUUUCCUGGUGGAUUUCUGUGGUGGAACGUCUGGAGUGGGGCCAAAGUUUGUCUUUUCCUCCUCUAAGUGGUGGAUUACUCAGCUAGCUGGUGGAGCGGAGCAUAUAGCAAAAUAAUACAAUCCAGUUCUUGCUGUUUCACAAGAGCCAUACAGUAUUGAUGAAAUGUGUUUCUGAUGAAGAUUCCUACGAACUAGAAGCAGAACUAUCUGGAAGAGCUAAAAAUCUGCCCCCAAUCGCAGGGAAGGGUGUGAUUUCCUACGUCUAAGCCCUGGAUAGAUAACUUUCAUUUGCAGCUGCCUGUGAAAAGUGUGUCGAUAUGGCAGACAAAAGUUCGACUGGUGACAAAAGUCCGGAUCAGGGGGCCACCAGUCCAACCGGAAGCACCUCGGGAUCAGGCGGCGGCAGCUGGUGGGGUUCCUGGUUGGACACGGCCAAAUCCAGAUCGGCCUCGGUGCUGGAAGCGGUCAAAAAUGACCUGACCGAGUUGACAACGGCUGUGAAGACCGAGGCCACAAGCGCCACAGAGGCCCUCGGGAGGAGCCUUAGCUUGAACGAACCCGACUCCACAGUCGGUGCGAUGAAAAAGAGCUUUAGUACGUUUUUAGGGCAGGUUACGGAAGCGUUGGUUCCAACACUGGACGAGGAGGAAGAGGGCGAAGAUGUCCUAAUUACACACGAAGGGACGGACGGAUUGAAUGGGUUCUACAAACACCUGGCCGAACUGCAAUCCAUGGAGGGAACCUAUCUGGAGGAACCAUCGGAUGAACUGAGCGAGAAAUACAAACGAUGGAUGGAGGUGGUUGAACAGGAGCAGUUUACGGAGCCUCGAUUGGCGCGGCAUUUGACCAGCAGUACCAUUUUGAACGAACAGUAUACAGCACUGGUGCCUAGCAAGGUAGCUCAUAUGGAUUUUUGGAAAAGAUAUUUAUUCAAGAAGGCGUUACUGGAAGACGCUAUUGCGAACGCUGAGCUAGCAGAAAAGAAAGCAAAAGCAGCAAUUGUUUCAAACGAAACUGUAGCUCCAAACAAAGUAAUUGUCCAGACAGAUCAGCCUAAAAGGACAAUUGAAGAAGAACUAAUUCCAGACGACAUCACAUGGGCCGAGGUGCCGGAAUUCGAUGCAUCUAAUUUGGAACUGUCGGAAGAGGAACAGGCUCGCCUUCUGGAGGAGUACGAACAGGAAAUCAAGGAACGCGAGAAGGCCGUUGGCAGUGGUCGCAUGGAUCCUGUCGACGAAGCGCUCCUCAUUCAAUCGGACAUCGAAAAAACGCCACAAAAGAAGCCGCCGACAUCAAGUGGCAACGAUAAAAGCACACCUGCAACGAAAAAAUCACAAAGUGCUAACAGUAGAAACGCGAACCAAAAAGUGCAACAGUCGAAAAGUGGAUCGGUUAAACCGACCGGUAAGACAAACGCUACUGGCAAGCAAAAAUCUUCAACUGCAAAACAGCAAAAGCCACAGAAUGAUCUGAAGAUCGAAAAGAACCAUUUCACCAAGGACGACGUUUCGUCCUCGAAUUCGGAUGAGAGCUGGGAGAAAGAGUUUGACUUAGAAUGAAAUAUUUUACUCUCUACUAUUACUUUCUAGUUGUCUAAGAUAUUUUUCCUCGGCAUGGUAGCAGAGACUACCUCUUCUCAAAAUGCAUUCUAUAUUUUCUAAUGUACUGGCCGUUAAAUUGUGAUGUACAUUGAAGCAAGACCAUUCAGUGGCAUUUGAAUGUGAUGCGAGUCCGAAAGUUUGAUAAAAGGUAUCCACAGGAUUUUUUUUUUGUAAAUUUUAAAACAAAGCUGCAUGUCUUGAAUCCAAUUUGAACUGUUAAUUAUUAUUAGUAGAAACAUGUGUAAUAGUACUAUUCGCCUUUUAAUUUUAUACAUUCAAUAUAAAUAUUCAUAUAUCUAAUAUACUUUAUCCCAUUCUAUAGUAAAAAAAAAACAGAAAAAAAUAUCACGAAACACAGGAAGAGUUGUAAAUUUACUACAACAAUGGUACGCCAUGAUGUAGGUUCUACUGCGAUAGAAGGCACAGGAAUGAGGCCCCUAGGAAUGUUUUUGUCUGAGAUAUAAAAGUAGUUUGAUUUUAGCAUAGAUCGUGCAGCAGCGAUACGUUAUGUUUUCGCAUAGGAAAAGCAAGAUGAAGAAAUUCGUGGCAUAUGCCCUUUAACGAUGCGACACAUGGCGGCAACAGAAAUAAACCGCUGUCAUUAUUGUACUAAGUAAGAACAACAUAAACGAUUAUGAGGAAAUAUUUUACUACUAAUCAAAUUUAA